AUGGCUUCUCGUCUUUGCUCUUCACUCUCCAAUAUUCCUCUUUUUCUCUCAAUUUCAACCCCUUCACCCAUUUCUUCUAACAAUCGCAAUUUCAAAUUCAAAACUUAUUCUCUGCACCACCCAGUUACAAAUUCUUCGUCUUCACCCAAAACCAAAAUUUGGGUCAAUCCUAAUAGCGCCAAAUCUAAACCUUUCAGAAACAAACCCUCUAACUCUAAGACCAGUUUUCUCCUUCAACUUGCCGCGUCUUUGGACUCGUGCGAUCCCACUCAGCAACAAGUCUCUGCAAUUCUCAACUGUUUAGGAGACAACAACGUUGCAGAACAAGAUGCUGUGUUCAUUCUUGAUAACAUGAUGAACCCCAAAACUGCACCCGUUGUUCUUAGAUACCUUAGGGACAAGAUUAAAUACGUUAGAUAUAAUCGGGUGGUUCUUUACAAUGUGACCCUCAAAGUGUUUCGGAAAUGUAACGAUUUUGAAGGAGCACAGGAGGUGUUUGAUGAAAUGCUUCAAAGAGGGGUCAAGCCUGAUAACAUUACGUUUACUACUAUGAUUAAAAUGUGUCCUAUUCCGGAUAAGGCUUUGGAGUUGUUUGAGAAGAUGCCAGGUUUUGGGUGUGAACCUGAUGCAAUGACAUUCUCAGCCUUGAUUAAAAUGUUUGUUUUGUUUGGAAACUAUGAUGCAUGCUUGAAUAAACACUUAGAAAUGAGGAGUCUUGGUUUGAAGCCUAACGUGGAAACGUAUAACAGUUUGUUGAUUGCCACGUUGAUAGGUAAGAGGCAAUGGCAAGCCAAGACUAUAUAUCAAGAGAUGAUAAGUAAUGGAGUUUCGCCAGAUUUUAAAACUUAUUCAACUCUUUUGCGAGUCUAUGCUAGUGCACAAUAUGAUCAAGAUGCUCUUUGUGUUUAUAAAGAGAUGAAAGGGAAAGGAAUGGAUGUGACUAAAGAUCUCUAUAAUAUGCUUUUAGCUAUGUGUGCUAAAGUUGGCACUAAUGAUGAAGCUCUAGAGAUUUUUGAAGACAUGAAAAGUUCUGGGACUUGCCCACAGAGUGCAAACCCUUCUUAG